GCAACCGUCAUGUCAAUCAAGACGCGAAGCCAGUUCAACAGUUUUGUUUUGAUUACAAUUUUACAAUUUUGAAUCUAAUUACCGUACCUUAGCCAAUUGAAAAAAUGAUCUAAAUUCAUAAUAAAAAGUGCGUCCAGUGUCUUCGAUUUAAUAAUUCUUAUUACCAUUAUUAACUAGCCGCAGCUGCAAAGUUACAAACAUGAGUGAAGGAUAUUUUAAUCUGAAACAAAAAUUGGAAGAUCUUGGAUAUAAUUAUUCAUUGCCAAUUGAUGCAGUUCCAUUAGUAGAAUGUAUCGUUGCUGAUUUACUGCAGACUACACGUAGUUUGCAGCACUACAUGGAUUUAUCUAAAGAUGCUCUUAUACAGCGCGAUUCAUUAAUGAUGGAGGCGGAGCCAUACAAAUGUGACAAUGCUAAAUUAAUUCGUGAAAAUAAUUUAUUACAUAAAGAAAUAUUGACGCUCAAAGAAGAAAACUUGAGACUGUCAAAAGAAUUAAAGAGGAAAACUAAAUGUAUGACUGAUGAAAUAAUGAAGAAAGAUGUAUUAAUUAGCAAACUUCAACAUGACAUUAGAGAUUUAAGUUUAAGAGGAUUGUGUGCUGGCACUCAAAGUAGUCGCAAUAAAAGUAGAAGAAAAGAUGAUGAAUCCACAGGUGUCAGCAAAAUUUGUAUUUGCAGUAGUCAAAGUAACAAUGACUUAGGUAAGGAUACAUUUGAGUUGUCGAAAACUAUUCAGAUUUUAAAAGAUAAAAAUGAUACUUUGGUAGAUGAAGUAACAUUGCUUAAAAGUAAAAUUGAACACAGGGAUGAUGAAAUUUUAAGGCUUAAUAUGUUAUUAGAAGGUGGUAGACCAAUAACUGCUAUAAAUAAAGACUUUCAUGUUAACAAUUCCGAUCAGACUGAUCUAGCAAUAUUUCAACAAUUUAAGAAAAUCCAAAUAGAAAAUGAUGGUUUGAAAAAAGAAAUUCACAAUGGCUUAGGGAAGCAGCAUGAAGCAAUGUUGCGUGCUUUAAGUCUUGCUGAUAAAAACAGAAAUUUAGAAGAAGAAUUGCAAAAAGUUGACAGACUGGCAUUGCAAGUUGAAGAGGAAUGUAAUAAGAAAUUGGCAUCAUUAGCAAAUGAAGUAAACUAUUUGCAAACAAGAUUAGAGAGUUUACGUUUGAAAAAUUCUGAAUUACAAAGAGAACUUUCUGAAUUCUAUAAGAAAGAUAAAUCACCUCAGUCAUGUUAUACACAAGAAUCAUUAAACUUGGCUCUUAAAGAAAGAGAUAUAUUACAAAAAGAAAUAAAAGACCUGAUAGAUAUCAAUAAAAAUCUUCAAGAAAAAAUUGGUUCCUUAUCACAAUUUAAUAAAAACUACCAUGACAAGAUAUCUAUGGAUAAUGAACAUUAUAAUAAUGGACCAAAAUGCCUUCAAAAGGAGGAAUUACAAAAACUUUUAAUGGAAGAAAGAGUUAAAUAUGAAAAGUACAUGAUAGAUAUUCAGGAGAAAUUAUCAGAAGCAUUGAAUGUUUUUAAUAAACAUGUACAUAAUGGUUUUGGAGUAAAUUCUAAACAAGAUAUUUCUCCAGAUAAUACAUUUGUAAGAGAUCUACACAGUAGAUUGUGUGAAAGUGAGCAGAAAAUCCUUAUGUUAAAACAAGAAAACACUGAACUUAAACAAACUGCAAGUAAACAGGAAGACAAUAAUAGGGAAAAUCUUAAAGAUGUUAUAAAACAAUUAAACAUGGAAAAUACUCAACUGACAAAAGAAAAUAUCUCUCUUUGCCAACAACUUAGUCAGAACAGAAUGAUGAGCUCGGUACAAACAAAUCCAGAUGAAUCUAGCUUAAAAGAAUUGUCUAAGCUAAAAGAUAAAAACGAUUCAUUAAUGAGAGAACUUAAUUACCUUAAAAAAGAUCAACAGGAAUAUCAAUUGAGGUACAAAGAAACAGUAGAUUUAGUUGAAAAACUAAAAAGAGAUUUAGCUCUGAAACAAAAACAAAUAGAACAAUUAGAGGAAGAAAAUUAUUCAUACAAAAUGACCAACAGAACUGGUAAAGCCUCUGUAGACCAGUUAAGAGAUGAAUGUAACUUCCUUAGAGAGCAAAUAAAGACAAUGCAAACAGAUGUAAUUAAAGAGAAAACUAUAGCUAGUCAAAUUAAAAAUAUACAAAUUGAAACAGAAAGAAAUAGUUCUGAAGUUCAAAAUGAAUUAUUAAAUGUCCAGAAAAAACUUAGUUUAUCAAGAGAUCAGAUCAGUUCAUUAGAAAAAAAAUGUAAAGAGUUACAAUCUGAAAUGAAUGCAUUAAAAAUUGACAAAACAAACUUAAUAGAAAAUAUCAAAUCCAUUGAUAGAGAAAGAGAUAAAUUAGUUAUAGAAUUAGACACCAAAACUGAAAGAAUAAGUAACUUGGAUGACAAAGUUAAAAGUCAAGCAUAUGAAAUAAGUAAAUUAGAUAAAGAAAAUGAUGAUUUAAAAAGAAAAUUAAACAUACAAAAAUCGACUGAACACAAAGUAGCUGAUUACGAAUCACAGAUUAUGUUUUUAAAUGGCGAGAUAUCGAGGUUUACUCAGCAAAAUGACACAGCUGUAAUGGAAAAUAAACGCUUACAAAAUAGUUUAGGUGAUGCAAAUGGUGCACUAAAAUUAACAAAAUUGGAAUUAGAAAAAUCUAGGAAGGAAGUUGAUAGUUUGAAGCAACAGUUACAGCAUUAUGUUGCAGAAAUCAGGAGAAUUGAAGAACUUUUGUCACAGAAAGAAGCAGAAAGAUCGGAUAUGCUUGAACAAUUUGCUAGUUUAUCUGUAGAAGCAAAUAUUUUAGAAAAUACAAACCACUCGUUAGAAAGUGAAUCAGCAUCCAAGUCAAUACAAUUACAAGGUUAUGUGAAUAGGAUUCAAAACUUGGAAUCUAAACUAAUAGAUAAAGAAAACUUAAUUGAUAGUCAAUCAGCACAAAUAGCAGCUAUGACUUGUAAAGUAAAUACUUUAGAGAAUGAAAUAAAGCUUAUAUCAGAUGAAAAGAAGAUUCUAGAACAAAACAUAUCAUACAUGAAACAAAUGUGUAGUCACAUGCAAAUGGAACAAUCUCAAAAGAACUUGGACCUCAAAGAUACUGAUUCGGAAUUAAAACUAUAUGAGAAUAAAAUAAAAUGUUUAUCAAAUACAAAAGCAAAGUUACAAGUUGAAAAUGAUGAAAUGAAGAGUAAAUUGAGUACAACAGAAAAGUUGCUUUCGAAUGCUAGAAGAGAAAUUAUUGAAUUAAAGUUAGCUCUACAAGAUGCAACUUCUGAAACAAAAUCAUUGAAAGACUGUGUUAGCAGAUUGAGUAGGGAACCUGAUAUUCACGAGCAUACUUUAAUAAAUGAGGACAUUGCUUUGCCUCAUACUUUUGGUGAUAUAAUCCAUGAAGUGAGCAAUGAAGAUGAUGAGGACAGUAUAAUUCAUGGUGACCACAUGCUGCAUAAAACUUAUUCUAAAUACUCACAUGGGAGUACUAUUUGAUGAUUUUUCAUAUAUGUUUAUAGGCUGGGUACAUUAAAUGAAAGAGACAAAAAAUAAAAGAGUGGAAUUAUUCACUCUAUGGAACAAAAUACUAACACAAUAGAGAACUACUAAAUUAAUUUGCAAGCAACAUGUGUUAGACCCUUCCAUAAUGACAUCUAGCCUCAGGUUACUGUAAUGAGGCAUGGUUCUAAUGAAAUGGUCGCCAAGAUUGCAAAUUCUGGAUUUAAACAAGGAAUUUAUGUAUUGGUAUUAAGAAUUAAUGUGUAAUUUUCUGUAAAUAUGUCAAUAUUUGUUAUAUAAAAUGCAAAAAUAUUAUAAAUUUUAGUUAUCCAUAAUUUACUGUACAGAAUCAUAAAAUAAAAUUCUUUUAAUAUGAAAUCUUCAUUUAUUAUCAUUGAAUAAAUAAUGCAAAAAGUUUUACAUACCAUCAAAGUUUAACCACAAUUUAUUGCAAUACAGCUACCACAAAUAAACGGUAGCUUUUACAAUAUUUACAUUUCUAUCAAAAACUAUCAACCACAUUUAAGUAAUUAAACCAUAUUUUUGUACAAAAUGAAAUCUAUUCUAAUUAUUAUUUAAAUUGAUACUAAAAGGACUUAGCAAACAGCUAAAAUAUAAGUCAUGUCACUUUUCUUAAUCUUAAAUUAUCACAAAUAAUACAUUUUGCUAAUUGUAAUAACAUCUCUAAUAAUGUUUAUCCAAUUGAGAUAAACCGAGAUAGCAACUCAAUACUAUACACACCUAAUGAUUUUAAAUUCACUUCAGGCUUGGGCUCAAAAUGUAUAACAUUGUAAUAAUAGAAUGAGACAAUGCCAAACAAAAAUAGUUACAAUUUUUGACCAAUUGCCCAAAAGACGGUUAGCAAUUUUUCCGUAGUUUUAAUGUAAUCAGUUCACUAUACAUCUCCUCUGAAGGGCUUAGAGCCAACCCUUUGGGAUUAAUAAGCCUUUUUUCAGUUAAAUUUG